AUGCACCUCGAAGACAAAUCCCUCGACAUAGAAUAUGCAGACCAAAUGCGCGUCCAUCCCUACGGCACAGCCCUAUACAACCCCCAGCCACACAGUAUCUUCCACCCGGGAAUGGCAGCCUAUUUCGACAGAACGGGAAAUUGGAAUCCAAUUAUCGAUCUAUCUGAGCCGUAUUCCACUUCCACAUCCACUCUGAAACCUCCGGCAACCCUCCCACCCCUCGCAAAACCAGAGAACCAAACCUGGGGGCCAAAACUCGGCUAUAAACCCCAUAGCCACCAAAUCUCCCUCGAAGCAGGCAUAUCUCAAGCGCUCCUCGCAGCAACGGGCGCACCGAUAAGUCUAACUUCGCACUUCCGCUUCGAAAGUGAGGGGUCGAGUGGUGCAUGGGUUGUUGCCAAUGCGGGGGCUUUACUUGCUGAAAGGGCUGACUUGAGGAAAUGUGCUUUGUGGGUUGUUACUAGUACAUGGGCUGCGGAGGAGGCUGCUGUUAAUUGUUGGAGGGAUUGUCGAAAGGGAGUCGAUGUGGGCUUUGAGGUUGGGGUUGUUGAGGUUGGAGAGGUUGUGCCUAAGGGAAGUUGGGUUGAUUCUGGCGCUGCGGCUGGUUGGUUGAAGGGGAAGGGGAAUGAGGAGUCCGGGGGGAGGAGAGUUGUUUUCUUUGGGGGUCUUAGGUUUAAGUAUAGGCCUGUCAUUGGGAAUAAAGCGAACAAAUUUCGUGGUGAUGCCACGGAGAAAGAGACCGUGGCAGCUUCACUGCAAACCGAUGAUGGUAUGGAAUAUGACCUGUCUUGCGAGGAGGUUCUCGAGGAUAAGAAUCUUUGUCCGAAGGAAAACACUUCAGGAUCGGGAGAUAGCGAGGACUAUGAUGACCCAGAGGACGAGGCUGAAGAUGACUCCGACGAUGACUGGUAA